AAGACAUUCGUGUUGAAUACGGACUCAGUUGCUAGGAACAUUCCGUAAAGAAAGGUGCGUUUAGUUUAAGUAUUAGUUAAUAUUAAAUUCAUUAUGCUUUAUUAUUUGUUUUCGAUAUUUUUAAUGUUAACGACCUACCUUGUCUUGAAGAGGAUCAAAACCAGACACAAGCAAAUCAUGGGCACCUGGUUUAGCUACAUGUGGUGGGGUGGGGAUCCGGACGUGGUGAACCCGGUCUCCGGGCUCACGAGGAGAGAGAUACACGCAGUUCAAAAAUCAUGGGCCCCCGUCAACGCCAACUCUUUUGCAACCGGCAGUGAACUAUUGAGAAGACUAUUCAACACGUAUCCUGACACCAAAGAAUAUUUCAAAAUGGUCCGGAAGCUUCCCGAGGAGGAGUACUCGCAGAACCCGCAGUUCAAGGCGCACGUCAUCAAUUUAAUGACGUCAUUGAAUUUGGCCGUCAACAAUCUGAAUCAACCUGAGAUAGUUGCUGCCAUGAUGACUAAACUUGGUGAAUCUCACAGGAGGCGACAGAUCAAGGAGAAGAAUUUUCAUGAGCUAAAAGAAGUUAUAGUGAAACUGUUCAUAGAUGUACUACGUUUGGACGACGCCACACUGUCAGCGUGGGGGAAGACUGUCGAAUUCUGGUACAAGCAUAUAUUUGUCACAUUGAAUAGCCCGGAAGAGACAAGAUAACAGAUACAUACAAACGAUAUAAUGUAAUGAUUAAGGAUGAAUAGAGUUGAAUUCGUGUGUAUAGAAUUAGAGGUCAAAUUCCAUUCAAAGGCUAUUCCGAUUGGGCAUUCAAAUUUCACAAUGGAUUUUAUGCUGUAUGAGUAUCUGUUAUGGAACAUAGGGCAAAUUUAACGCUCUAAGAUUUUUUAAGGAACUUCUUAAAUAACCUACUUAUAUAUUUUUAAUUUUUCGUCAUUUUACACAUAAUAUGUAUUUGUUUAGUUUAAGCAAUACUUUUAUAUAUGAGAAACAUAUUUGUUUCUAUUUUGUUUUAAUAAUUCUUACUUCGUGCUAUUAGAUUAGGUACGAUUUUCAAAUGCUAUUUUUGUAUCAACCCUAAUCUUACAAUCUUUACAUUCAUUACAUUAUUGUUGUAUUCAAUUAUUAUAUAAACAAUGUUAAAUAGGUUUAUAGGCCUCAAAAUAAAGAAAUUAGUUUAAAAGUGUUUACCAAAAAUUUAUAAUAAUUUUAUUGAUAUUUUAUGUAAUAUUUUUACGAGCAUACUUUUAGUGUAUGUUAAUUAGAACAUAGCAUUUGUAAUAGUUUUUAGUUAUAAUUUUACCUUUCAUUUCAAAUAUUGGCAUAUCAUUAUAUUAUCUAAUAAUUUAGUGACUUCUUUUUAAAUGUAGAUUGUCGUUUCAUUAUUAUUUAAACGAAUACACAUUUUAAAAUGA